AACGCCGGCGGCGGUGACGACUAAGGUGAAGUCGAGGACAAGGAAGAGAAGAUCUAUUAUGGAGAUCUUCGCUGCUUCUCCGCAGAUCGAAGCUGUGAAGCUCGAUUGUGAGAAUCGACAUGUGGUGGUUCCUGAAGAGGAAGUUGAUUUGAAAGUCUUGAAGAAAGCAUCAUCUGAUGUAGUUGGAAAGAAGAAAAAGACGAAAAAGAGAGAAAAGAUAAACAAGAAUUGUUUGAGAGAUGAUCCGGGGAUGAUGACGUUGAAGGUGAAGAACAUGAAGAGGAAGAAAAAGAAGAUGAAGAAGAUUGACGGCGGAUUUGUCGCCCCAUCAUCAAGGACGACAGGCACAGCUCCUCCUUCGGAAGUGAUGAAGAAGGAGAAAAUUCAAAAAUUCAAAGUUUCGCCUCCAGAUGAUUUUUGUGGGCAAGAAAAGGUUUCUCUACAUGACAAGUGUUGUAGAAAAGAGAUCCCAAAUACUAGUGUUUUCCAUAAGAAGAAAUCAUCAAGGAUGAAAAGUUUGUCUACACAAAAAAAGCUCAAAGUCGUGCAAACUUCCAAGUUACCUUCAAGGCAACCACAGCAGAACCCAUUUCCUGUUCAUAGCAUUCUGAAGAGAUGUGCAGAAGUUAAUUCCGGACAGAAUAACUCUGCCAUACACAGUUUUCAGGGAGGUGAUCAAACGAAUUCUUGCCAUGUUGAACAACCAGACAAGCAUGUCAGGUUUUCCACUCAUGAGGAGAUACAUGGACCAACAAAGAUACAGUAUCCGUCUGUUGAGUGGCCUCAGGUGCAAAGCCAUUCCAAGGAAUUUUCAGAUUUAAUGGCUGCUUUACCAAUGAGGGACUCUAUGGAAACUGAUAAAGAUUUGACUGCUGCUGAAGUAGCUUUAGACUUUGAUGGUAGUAGUGGUGAUGUUUCUACCGGCAUUGCAAAUGAAACUUCCUGCCUAUCAUCACAUGAAAACAUAUGCUUGGAUGAUGUUCAUAGUCAUGUUUCUGUAAUGGCAAUUCCAAGUCCACAUAAUAAGAGCUGUCAAGAUAAAGAAGAAACUUGCACAGACAGAUUUGUAGACCUAAACCAGGUUUCAAAUGAUUGUUUUCUUAUGUAUCAUCAAGGAAACUCAAAUGAAUUUCAGACUCUUUCUUCUGCCAGCUUCCCAAAACUUGAGUCUACGGUGGCAGAGAGUUUCAAACCCACUUCAGAUACUCAAGCAGAUGGGAGUGUUCAAAGUGUACACAACAUUGGCAGAAAUCUGGCUGAACCUGCUGCAACACUGGAAAAUGCAAAUGCGUCUUUACAGCCUUCAACAUCUUGUUCAGAAAUGAGUGCAGAAACAAAUGGGAGGUUCCAAUUUCUAUCACAAGUUUCCCAAGAGAACUCUAGUGGUUGUGAUUUGCUCUACGAGUCAAUGCAUCAUAUAUCUUCGAAAGAAUUAUUGACAAGCAUAUGUUCCUCAGUUGAGAAGAAGAAGCAAAGAGAAUCAAUAUUCAGUGACAGAUGUGUUAUUGAUUACUCUAUUGGACUGCCUCUUAAUUCACAAGGUGAAUUUAUCCAGUUGCAUUCAGGUGGCAAAAGGGGGUUUAACCUGGUAAAGCCAAGUCCAUCAAUGGGUUCUGUCAGUGACUUCCAACUGCUUAAUCUUGUGCAGCCAAAUAGUCCAGCCAGUUAUCUAACUAUGAAAGAUAAGAGCUAUGCCAAAGCAACACUUCGAAAUGACAAAUUUGAAGUUUUUCCCAGUCAGAAUCACCAACAAGAGAGCUCCGAAGUAUCUUUAUCAUCUAAGUUGGGUACUAGUGAAAUGCAAAAUACUGGACGAGCAGAAGUCCAUUGGCAAGAUUUGGUGAAGAGAAACAGUCACUCCGUCCAUCAGUUGGUUUCAGGCAUACACGUCACAGACUUAUCUGUCGAAAGUUGCAGACAGUAUGGCCAAACUCAGAACCAAACUGAAAAGGAAAAGAUUCAACCUGAGAAGAAUUUGGACUGCAUGUUUCCAAAUGCCACCAGACCAACAAUGCGGUUGAUGGGUAAAGAUGUUACAGUUGGCAUAAAUAACAAAGAUGUCCAAGGUUUUGAGAAUGGCAGGACAUCCGCUGGCACCAUGACAGAGAAUCAUCUUACCACCACUGUCUCUGACAACCCUUCAUUGAAAAGGCAAUUUCAGCAGGAAAGAAUUGUGCUUCCCUACCCAGGAAAGCCAAAAGAAACAAUUACUCCUUCAUUGGAAACUCAAAGCAAUGCAUCCUUAGGAAGUACUUUUCCAAUGAAAGCUGCAGAUGCUGGAUUUUCUCACUCAUAUCUCAACUGGCAGAUGUAUGUAAGGCAGCAGAACAGUCCCUCUUUGAUCAGGGAAAAUGCCAGUGCCAAGCUACAUUCUUUUCUGCACACUCUACCUUCCCAUACACUACUCAAUGAGAACUCCAACUUUCAGCAACACACCAACUCUGGAACUGAAUCUCUAAAAGUGAGCUCUCAGGUACCAGUUGCAGCAUCUACUUCUUUCGGUGCUUCUAAGCAUAUGCUUUUGAAUUCUGCCCAACCCAAUUGUGACCAGAGACUACCUCAUGGAAUAAAAUCUGCUUUCCAUUUUCCCUUAGUAAAUCAGGAAUGUCGAGCAAAUGUUCAACCAUCAUGGCUUGAGAGCUCUUCUAAGAGGCUGCCGCAGUGGCUUGUGAAUGCAAAACAGCACGAAGAAGCUAACCUCACUUCUUCUCAGCCAUAUUCUGGUGCAAGUGCUGAUCACCCCCGCACCAUUUCUGGAACUAAUUUCUCAGCUACUUCUUCUAUGUAUAAUUCAUCAACGGUAGCUUAUCCCCACCAUGCCAGCACCUUUCACCCUCACAAGCAGAGUCCAACUGGUCCUGCCCCCUUUUUUCACCCUCCACUCAUCCCUGCUCUUCGAGGAUGCAAACCUACUUCUACAGUCAAUGCAAGCCAUAGAAAUAAGAUUGAAGACAAGGAAGGGGAACAGUCAAAACAUUUCCCUUUUAUGGUUCCUGACAGUGUGAAGAUAGCCAAAAAGAGAACUGCAGAUGAAGCAAAUAAUUCAGCAAAUGCUAUGAAGAAACCCAACUUAAAAAUUCAAGGGGACCCAAGUGCUGUGGAGGAAUUGAGUAAAAGAAUAAACGUCAGUGGUUAUGCACAAUGUACUGGAGCAGCUGAUUUUGAUGCAUUCAGGGAUAAAACUAUGGAUUUAGGACAUUCACUGUCAGAAAUCCAAAAGUUUGGAUUUAGAGACUCAUCUGAUAUCAGUGGUUAUGCAAAAUGUAACACAGGAGCAACUGACUUUGAUGCAUUCAGGGAUAAAGCUAGGGUUCUAGGACAUUCACUGCCAGAGAUCCAAAAGGCUGAAUUCAGAGAUUCAUCGUUUCCUAAAUCUUUUAAACAGGAUGGUGUGAUCAGAGCAGGUCCCAUUAAACUAAGUGCAGGUGCAAAACACAUUCUCAAGCCAAGUCAAAACAUGGAUCACAAUCAACCUAGGCCAACUCAUUCGACCAUACCUUAUGAAGCAGUCACCAAUUCUGAUAAGAUUUCAGAAUUUCAGAAGUCAGCUCAGAUAUAUAGAUUUGGAGAGAAGGUUUCCAGUCAAAGACAUUAAGUGAACCAGUGGUCUGGCGUGUGAUGGCCAAUGGAAAGUGACUUUCUCAAGUCCAGCUUUUUGAGCAAUGACUUAGCUCCAAUCAUGUUAUAGAAAUGACUAUCUAAGCUUCAUCAAAGAUGUAUGACUGAAUUAUGCUUUAGAGUCAGUUGUCUUUGUCAGGUAAUCAGUUACUGCUGUAAGAAGUGUAAUAUUAUAGAAGUAAUAAUUUCUGUCUUAAGUAUAUUGAUAUUUUGUUGAGAAUAUGAAGUUCUUUUGACUUUAUUUUGAGAUGAAGUUACUGUUGAUAGUUCCAUUAGAAAGAGAGGGUUAUGAA